AUGGUUGACUACAAAACCUGGUUGAAAGAUAUCGACGACAACACCAAAAUCGGAUCGCUUUCGAUUCCUGGUACCCACAAUUCGGCAGCAUGCCAUACCGCUUUACCCUCUGUUCAGUGUCAGGGCAAGUCCGUGACUGAACAAUUGGAGCACGGUGUCCGUUUCUUGGAUGUUAGAGUGGGCAAGUACCCAUUGAAGUCCGGCAAUGAUGCCAAUGACUUGACUGUCGUUCACAGCAAGUUCCCCGUGCGUAUUCCUUUCCCCAAGAAGUUCUCCGACACCAUGGAGGAGAUUACCAAGUUCUUGGACAAGAACAAGUCCGAGACGGUCAUCCUUUCCAUCAAGCAGGAAGGUACCGGCGAGUGGGACCACAGCAAGGACGAGUUUGGCAAUGUCAUCUGGGACAAGUACUGGCAGCCAAACAAGGACAAGUUCUACCAGGGCAGCGACUUGCCCAAGUUGGGCGACGCCAGAGGCAAGAUUAUCCUCUUCAGACGUUUCGGCGACAACAACCAGGACAGAAAGAGCAAGUUUGGCUUUGACGCCCACACGUGGAAGUACAAUUGUACGGAGGACGACCGUGGUGCCUUCUGCGUCCAGGACUUCUGUGAAAUUGAGAAGCUGGACGACGUUUCCAAGAAGGUGGACUUUGUGAAGAGCUUGGCCAAGAAGGCCAGCGAGCACAACAAGAGCAAAGGCGACGGCAAGCUUUUCGUCAACUUCUGCUCCGGCUCCAACUUCUUUGACCGUGACUGCUGGCCCCAGCAGGUGGCUAAGGCCAUGGAGGAGCACAAGCUCCAGGACAGUUUUGGCAAGGGCAGCGGUAUCAUUGUGUUGGACUAUGUCGAGUCGUCCGACUGGAAGAUGGCCCGCGAGUUGAUUGAUAAAAACUUUUAG